AUGUUUUGGGGCAACAAAACUCCACAGGAACCCGAACAAGACCUGGCGCGCACUGAUUCAGCCAAGAACGAUCCCGCCGCUUCCGCCUCCCAAGCUUCUGGUACAGCAUGGCUCGUCGGGCACUUGCACCACCUUACACCGGAGCAGGAGAAAAAGCUGCAGGAGUUCAAGGCAGUAUGCGCUGAGCGCAAAUACUACACGCCUGCUGUGGAACAGUCAGAUGGCGUCGACGCGAAGCCUGCCAGCCACGACGAUGCGACUUUAUUGCGAUUCCUCCGAGCUCGCAAGUUCGAUGUCGAGGGCGCGUGGGCUCAAUUUAAGGACACCGAAGACUGGCGCAAAGAUAACGCCAUCGAGAAGCUAUACGAGAAUAUUAGCGUGGACUCAUACGAGGCCGCUCGACGAAUGUAUCCCCAAUGGACAGGCCGUCGCGAUCGUCGCGGAAUCCCUGUCUAUGUCUUCCAGAUCCGCCACCUGGAUAACAAGGCAAUUGCCGCUUACAACUCCACCAUGACUACUGGUACACCCGAAACUCACAAAUCAUCCACAGUCCCUGCGCGCUUGUUGAACCUCUUCGCUUUGUAUGAGAAUCUCCUCCGGUUCGUGAUGCCGCUCUCUUCCGCGCUGCCACGUCCGAACCCAGAGACGCCUAUCGUGACGUCGACCAAUAUCGUGGAUGUCAGCGGUGUCGGGCUGAAGCAGUUCUGGAACUUGAAGAGUCAUAUGCAGGAUGCUAGUGUUUUGGCCACGGCGCAUUACCCCGAGACAUUGGAUCGAAUCUUUAUUAUCGGAGCACCCUCAUUCUUCCCAACAGUCUGGGGUUGGAUCAAGCGUUGGUUCGACCCAGGCACCACCUCGAAGAUCUUCAUUCUCUCCGCCGCAGAGGUGGGACCCACUCUCACUUCCUUCAUGGAACCGUCCGUCAUCCCCAAGGCAUACGGCGGUGAGCUGGAGUGGUCGUGGGGCGAUAUGCCGAACUUGGACGAGCCCAGCCGUGAACUUCUCCGCGGCAUCGAGCAGCCGCUCGUCGAUGGCAAAACUCGCAAAGAUAUCCUCAAGGGUCCUGUGUUGUUCGAGGGUGAUCACCUCCAGGUGCUGGGAACUGUGGAUGGAAAGGACCGCAGAGAAAUCAUUCCCGUCCCGAAGGCACAGGCUUCGGCUAACUCCGUGCCAGCGGAGAAUGCUGGGUCUAGUGAUGCAGAGACUAAAGUAGACGAUAACGAGAAGGCUGUUGACGACGUGGCGGCUAAGGUGAACCAAUUAUCCGUGCAUGAGACUCAGAAUACUGUUGCCGCAUAG